AUGAAGUCAACUCUUGGCAGAGCUAUAACUCUAAGGAAAUUGGAUAAUCAAUUCUCACCAUCAGCAAGCAUGUUAAAUACUUAAUCUGUUGAGUUUACCAAUCUGAAACCCAAAUUCCUGAUGCCUCAAACUGAUAAACUUGUAAAGCAAGAGCCACACUAACUGGGCUAUAACAGUCCAAGCUCACAGCUGAAUAGAUCUUUAAAGGAUAAUAUAGGCGAUGUCUUCUUCAAUAAUAAGGAAGUUAAAAAUAUUAGAUUUCUGCCCUUCUUGAGAGAAAGAAACGGUCUAGGCAAGAUUAUCGAAAGUGAUUAGGAGAUACCAUUAAAGCAAAAGAAGGUCCCAAGCAUUAUGGAAACAAAUAGAAUACUUGCUUAGAAGAAAAAGUAAAGUGAAGAGGCUUCGAUUAAACUUAAUACCAAUGUUCCAAUAAAUGGCAUACCUUUAGGAGCUGAUUCUUCAUUUCAAGCUAUUCCUACAAUGAUAGCGGACCUAUCACCAACAGAGUAACAAUUACUACAGAGUCAAGCCUAUGGUAUUAAAAGAAUCAGUGUAAACUCAAGUCUAAAUUAGCAUCCUAACUAAGAUAUCUUUAAUAGUUCUAAGUUCUUAGAUAAUCAGGAGGAUCUGGAAAUUUUUAGCAACAAUGUACUGAGAUAAAAUCCAAGUUUGCUCAAAUCAACAUUCACACCAAUGGAGAGUAUUAGAGAUAAAGAGUAUCAUCACAGCAGUUUGAGCAAUUAGAAUCAUCAAAUACCCUAUGUUAAUUUCAAGAUACAAAAAGAUAAGAAUUUUGUGUUUUUGAAUUAGAUCUACAAUAAUCAAGUGAAACCUACCUUGGAAUAGAAAAAUCAGCAAAGUCAAAAGAAGAUCAAGCUAAGAGAUAACUGCAAUAUUAUAAGUUCAAAUCUGCCUUCACUUGGAACGUAUGAUCCAAAGCCAGAAGUAAUAGAAUUUAGGCAAGGUAUGGGAUUUUCAUUUGAAAAUUCUUCAUUAGUCAACUUAAAGAAUCAAUCUUUAAAGAGAUCGAUGAGUUAAGCCAACAAUAUCCUCUUUAAAAGACAAACAAAUGAUGUUGAUAAUAACAAAGAUUCUUAUAAUUACUUGCUCCGCUUGCUAUAACCUUAAAAUGAAAUCACUGCCUUAAUGGCAAAGACUAAGGAUCAAAAGGAAAUGGAGUAGACAAAGCAAAUUUAAUUAGAUAAUCAUAGCAAUCCACACUAUUAGAAAAGUGGUAAUAACAACAAUAGCAAUAAUAACAAUCAACAAAAGAAUCAGCAAAGUGAGAAAAAAUAGAAUAAUUAGCAGAAUUCAAAUAGCAAUCAAUAAUCAAAUUAGCAAUAACAGCAAGGAGUAUUUGAAACUAGAUUGCCAGAAAUCCCACUAGAAAGUGUUUAUGAAAACAGAUCUAAGAUUAAGAGCAUGAUCAUGGAUAUCAAGACUAAUAUUUACAAGAUGGAUAAGUAUUGA